CUUUAAACAAAAUCUACAGUUUAAUCUAGAGACUCAAAAUAUAUAGUGAACAUUUUAACUCUAAGAAAUGUUAUUCAUUAAAAUUUUAAUAAAAACUUUAAUAUUUACAAAAGUUUGUCUAAGUUUAACAAUUUAUCAGCCAAAAUAUUUAAACUAUAAAGGUCUUAACGUUACACACUCCCAAAAAGAAAGCAAUAAUGUAAAAUGUAAAGAUUGUAAACUAAAACUUAAAAAAACUGUUACACUUUCUCCCGUAACACAUUAUCAAGCUGGUGCAAUAUCAAAUAUUUUUUUAAGUCAAACAUCAGCAUUAAACGACCACCAACAACCUGGCUACUCUAAUAUUUAUCCUGUUCAAUAUCAUUUCAAUAAUCCAUUGACAGCAACACUCCCAAAAACCAACACAAACAUUGCAAAUGUGAGACCUGUCCUGGCAGACAGUUUAGAAAGUGAAAUAUUACAUGCAACCCAUGAAGAUGUAAGAAAACCAACAUCAUCUGUUAAUUACAAUAAUCAAAUUUAUCACAUCAAUACAAACACUAAAAGGGCAAGUCCUUUAACCAAUAAUAAUGAGCAAGAAAAUGCAAGAUUUUUUCUUAGAAAACAAAGAAAUUUAAGGGAAAAUCUUGAUGAUAAAUUAAUUGAGCAGAAUAACAAAGAAAUACAAGAUCGAAAUGAUGUAAAUGAUCAACAAUAUGCAGCAUCAUCAACAAUAAUUUCUUCAUUAAAACAACCCUCUUCGAGGGGAUCUCCGAUACCCACAACAAAGACUUCUUCUCAUGAAAUUCGAUAUUUACAUGAUAUUUUCUUAAAUUAUCCCAAACCUCAUCAUGUUAAUACGGGUCAUGUAGAGCUCUCACCAGUUUUAUUUGAAAAACGUUUUGAAUCACAAAAGGCGGGCAACCGUUACAAGGGUGAAGUCUUGUGGCUGGAUAAUUCAGGAGGAUUUGCUCAACAUACUUGGGAUUUGGCCCAGGGAAAACUUUAAACUUGAAAAGGGGAACUAUAACAAAAAAACAAACGUGACUUUUUAAGUGUUUGGGUUGUUAUUUUUUGCUUUGAAAAAUUUAAAAACAAUGCAAAUAUUUUCCCAGAA